CACGGUUGUGCAGCACUGUAAACAAGUGGCCUGGAUGAUUUUAAUAACUCAAGAAUGUAAAAUGUUUUAUUGCUUUGACGACAUUAAUCAUCGUUUUACAGACGUACAAAGAUAAUAAAUGUGUGCGAACACUACCGUGACCUCUUGACCUGGUUGGCAGGAAGCUAGUUAGACCAUGGCCGCUGGUUCUGCAGUCGGAGAGGGACAGCUUCAACGGAUUAUCAGAGAAUUACACGAUGCCGUAUCAGAGCUGGCCAAAGAGUACAAGGAGAAUGGAGAACCCAUUACAGAUGACAGCUCUAACCUGCACAAGUUCUCAUACAAACUGGAGUACCUGCUACAGUUUGACCAGAAGGAAAAAACAACAUUCAUGGGUUCCAAAAAGGACUACUGGGAUUAUUUCAGUGACUGUCUGGCCAAAAUCAAAGGAGCAAAUGAUGGAAUUCGCUUUGUUAAAUCUAUUUCGGAGCUGAAGACAUCUCUGGGUAAGGGCAGAGCGUUCAUCCGUUACUCACUGGUACACCAGCGACUGGCUGACACCCUUCAGCAAUGCCUCAUGAACCAGAAGAUCACCAGUGACUGGUUUAAUUCCCGGAGUCCGUUCCUAAAAUCCGGUCUUAGUGGGGACAUCAUAACCUACCUCUAUGAGCUCAACGAUGUUCAAUUUGAUGUGGCAUCCAGAGGUCAUGACCUUGACUCAGCAUGGCCCACGUUUGCAAGGAGGACGCUGGGUAUGACCAGUUCUCCCAGUCACAUGUGGAAGCCACCAAGUCGAAGUUCCAGUAUUAACAGUCUGGCUAGCACCUAUUCACAGCAGGCCCAUGAGUUCCCCAGUAGUCCAGACUUUGGACCUGGCCCUCUAACUGACAUGUAUAAGCAAAACUCCAGCAUACUAAAUGAGUCUUCGAUCAGCGCUGUAGAGGAACUUCAGCUGGAGCUGGAUCAGUCAGAACUAAAGCAAAGAGAACUGCUUGACCGGAUCCAACAAUUAGGCGGUGAGUCUGCUGAGCUCCACGGGGUGGUGGUGGAACUCCAGAGGCAGCUGGACGUUUCUCUGACUGCCCAAGCCAACCAUCAAGAGCUCCAGAAGAACCUGAAGGUGCUAGCCGAGAGAGAACGCACCCUGUCCCACGAGCUGGAGGUCAUGAGGGGACGCGAGAGCAUCAGAGAGUCUUCCCUUAAAGACCUCCAAGAUACACUGGCGGUAGCGGAGAGGAAAAAUGAAGAACUGAUGGCUAAACUAGAUGGAGUGCUGGAUGAGAAAGGACAGAGAACGGCCUGCGACUUCAGCUCUGCCCAGAAGAUUCAUCAACUGUUAAAUGAAUUGAAGGAAGCAGAAAAGGGACGGAUGGAAGCUCUGGUGGAGGGAGAAGAGAGGAAGAGGCAGACAGAACGUCUGGCUGAGGAUAUCAGAAUGAAGGAUGAAGCACUUAAAGAAACAGAGGGCAGAUUAGACACUUUGAUGGAGGAAAUGCAGAGAAAAACAGAAGAGCAGCGUAAUGCCAUAAACCAACUGCAGGGGGCCCUUGCAGUGCGAGACAGAGAGACCGGUGACCUGCAGAAGCAAUUGCAGGAAGUCCAAAACGCAUUGGAAAGAAUGGAAAAGCAGAGCAAGAAGAACAUAACGGAAAUGCAGGAGGAUAAAGAAGAGCUUGAGAAAAAAAUGAGUUUUCAGUUUCAAACCCUGCAGUCCCAGCUAAAGACUAAAGAAGCUGAUCUUCUGUCCAGUUCCAAGAAAUUCCAGUUACUGGAAAAAGAAUCAGAGAAGCUAAAAAAUAAGAACCAGAGUCUGGAUGAGACAAUAACCCCACUGGAAGCUAACCUCAAAAAACUAACCAAAAAGAUUGAACACUACCAAGAUAGAUGUGCUGAGCUUGAGGAGCAAAAUACCAAGCUCCUCCAGACGGCGAACAAGAAGGCGGAGACCACGAAAGAGUUGACGGAGAACAAAUCUAAAAUUGAAAACGAGCUGGCUGAAUUGAAAGCCUCGGAGAAGCAGCUGCGAGCACAGAUCGAUGAUGCCAAAGUUAACGUGGAUGAACGAGAGCAGCGGAUGAGAGAUGAGAACAAGAGUCUGGAUGAACGCCUGCAUAAGGCCAACAUGCAGCUGAAGGAAUCGGACAGCGCCGUCCACAUGCUGGAGAUGGAGAACAAGGACCUCGUGGAGGUUCAGGCGAGUCUCAAAGGAUCUCUCGCAGCCAUGCAGGAGGAGAUACGUAACAUCAACGGCCAGAUCUCUGAUCUUGAGAAGAGUCUCGGUUCUGCAAGACGCAACGAGGAAAAUCUGACGGCACAAGUGAAAGAGAGAGAUUCCCAACUGGAGGACAGGAAGAAGCUGUGUGAGGAACUUCAUGGGAAAGUGGAGGAACUUGAAGAACGGAAGAGGGAGUUGGAAACAGAGAAGAAUAAGGCAGAGAGGGCGUUUGUUAAACAAACAGAGAUGAUCAAUAGUCUGGAAGCGCAGACGAAGGUUGCAGAGAAGGCCCAACUUGAACAAAGCGCAUGUCAGGCUAAAGAAACCCAAGAGAUGACUUCCAAGGUGAAUCUUUUGGAGAAUCAGCUGGGAUUGAGUGUUAAAGAGGUGACCCGACUUCAGGAGGAGGUGUCUUCUCUCGGGGCUAAACUUCACAGUGCUGUGGAGUACAGGGAUAAAAUCCAAGCAAGGCUGGAAGUGACCGAUGCGUCCUGUGCAGACCUUCGAACGUUGACAGAGCAACUGAAAAAGCAGACCGAAGAGCAGAACCGACUGCAUGUGAACGAACUUCUGCAGGCUAGUGAACGUGUCGAGAACGUAACAUCGCAACUGGAUCAGGAGACAUCUUCACGUUCUCGGUUAGCUUCUCAAAUUGCAUCUGUCCAAGAGGAGCUGGUAGAGCUCAAAGCACAGAAUGAAAGAUUGGUCCUGGAGAAUACAGAGACGAGGGAAAGUCUUCACCGGGCCAACACCGAAAUGGCACAGUUGGGAAUGACGAUUUGCCAGCUGACGGCGGAAAGGGAGGAAGCAAGGGAACGGUGGGCGGCCGAAGCUACUCGGAUAAAAGAACUACAAGAGCAGGGUGAAAAAGAAACGGACCGACUUAAUGCCAGCUUGGUGGCUCUUCGACAUGAGAACUAUAGUUUGCAAGAAGAGCUCCAGGAGGCGGAACAACUUGCGGACAAUGUGAUGGCAUUUAAGGAGGUACUGGACAAAACCGAGGGUGAACGGAACGCAGCCCGAGAGGAGAUCGCAGCGGUGAAAUUUCAAAUGAGCACGGAGGGCAUGGCCCACAAGAAUCAGAUAAAGAAUCUUAAUGAAGAGCUUGAGAGUUUGAAUGCUCAACUUAACAUGCAAAUGGAGAAGACAUCGGAGCUGGAGGCCAAAGUAUCAGAAUUAGAGGUAGUGAAUACAGAAUACUCCAGUUUGAUAGAGGAGAAGGAUUCGCACAACACUAAUUGCGAGGCUUUGAUCUGCGAGCGUGAGGCUGAGACGCAGAAUCUUAAAGAAAGAGUGACAAGCACUGAAGAGGCUCUUGGUGACGUACGGUGUGAAAAGGAGGAGUUGAAACGGAAGUUGGAUCAGGUGGUGACCGAGACUCAGAACCAGCAGAUGACAAUGGCAGCUGAAUUGGAGGAUUUGUGCCAAACCAAGAAUAACCUAGAGGAGAGACUCAUUGAGCUUAUUCGUGAUAAAGAUGCUCUGUGGCAGAAGUCAGAUGCUCUGGAGUUUGAGCAGAAGUUGAGAGCCGAGGAGCAAUGGUGGCUGGUGGAUAAAGAAGCCACACGAUGUCUGGACUGCCAGAGUCAGUUUACAUUGUGGCUUCGUCGCCAUCACUGCAGGCUGUGUGGCCGUAUCUUCUGUUUCUACUGCAGCAACAAUUUCGUCUUGACAAAAAAUGGAAAGAAGGAGCGUUGCUGUCGCGACUGUUACACGCAGCACAACACCGUGGUGGAGCGAUUCACAAGGACUGAACCCAACAGCCAAUCAGAAAAUGACACAUCUUCUCAAGAGAACGCUGCCGGCCAACCAGCACCACCAUACACACCCACACCAAGAGUUACAGUGACAGAUCCUACUGAAAAACAUGAUGAUGGGGCGUUUGACAUCAUAACAGAGGAGGAAGUGAACGAGGUUUAUGACAGCGACUCGCGCACUACCACCGGGUCACACGAGGAUGAUGGGGAUCGAACCGGCGACCUCAGCAUCCCCAAUGAGACACACCCUGAAGAGCAGGAGGAGAUCUCUGCUGUACUGGAUUCAGAAAUCAACCUUCUAAAGUCAGGAGAACCCACAGUGUCUGCGCCUUUGGAUAUAGAUGAGAUUUCUCAAUUUGGUGACGGUUCCCGUGAGCUGUUUGUCAAGUCAAGUUGCUAUAGCGCCAUUCCAAUCACAACUGGCAACCGUGGCCCCAUCAUUAGCUGGGUCUUCACUUCCGAACCCAAGAGCAUCUCUUUUACUGUGGUGUACAAAGAGACGCUUGACGCACCUGUCGAGCAGGCUAAGGUCCUGAUUCCACUGACACGCUGUAACUCGCACAAAGAGAGCAUACAGGGCCAACUGAAAGUCCGUAACCCCGGAGUCUACAUGCUCAUAUUUGAUAACUCUUUCUCCAGAUUCCUCUCGAAGAAGGUCAGCUACCACCUCACCAUCGAGAAGCCAAUCGUCUAUGAUGGAAGUGACCUCCCAUGAUGUUGUUUGUAUAACGUUCUCACUCGUGAACUGUUUGUUGGUUUUAUCCUUAUUUAUCUCAAACCUGUUUCUUUGUACCAAGUCUUUCUCCUUCCAUUGAGUUUUAUGUAGUAUAGUUGAGUUUUAUAUACAUUUUUUCUUUCAGAAUAGUUAUAGAUGUUAUGUCUUUUGAUUUUGUUAUUUUCUGAAAGGUUGUAUUUUAAAAGGAAGGAUUACUUUAUCAGUGAUACAGAUCGUGAGAUGAUCAAUUUAAGCUUUAAAAUCAACACUACACAUAUCACACUACAGAUGCAUUUAAGUAUAAUAGAUGGUAGUGCAAUCUUUAAGUUUACCUCAGAAACACUAUUGAGUAUAAGCCAUUUAAAAACUUUUUCCUUUUAGGUAUUUAAAGCCUAAAAUUUAAAACUGGUGCAUAAAGAGCAAUAAGCAUUGUAUACUAGUAUAUUAGUUUUUACUCAAGGUUUUUUUUGUAGCCUUUGUUGUCAAGGUCAAAUUGAACAGCUAUGAAGUGAGCAAUUGAAACACUAUUAUUACACACAUGACAUUUAUUGCACACAAUGCAUAAACAUGCAUAUAUAUUUGUUUACUCCAUACAUGUACAAUAUCUUUGCAAUAACAUUCAAUAACUUUUAUUGAUUUAGAUGAAAUGGCACAGACGUCGUACCCCUUUAGCACUUGUGCAUGGUAUAUUUUUACAAUAUAACACCGAUGUCAUGUUUUCUAGCUGAUGAAAUGGCCUUCUGAUGUUAGUUACUCUGUUUGAUGUGUCAUGUUUUUAGGCACUAACGUUUUUCCUGGAAGCGCAUCAAACACCGCGACCGUUCACUGUGGAUUUGAAUGAAGUGAAUUCCACUUUAUUCUUCAGUUUUAACCACGUUGAAAGCAAGACACAUUCAUAUUCAGGUUCAUUUAUAAAAUUCUCGGUGACAAAGCAAUAAUUGCUGCUCCAAUGGAGAUCUGUUUAUAUAUUUAUAAGACAUCUAAAGCUACGUGCAAUUUUAAAUAUUUUUAUAAAAGGUCUUGUACUUUUUGAGAAGUCAGAUAAAUAAAAGGCUUUUUAAAGUGAUUUUAAAGGGCUUUCGGGAAAUUGUGAGUAAUUCUUGAAUGUCGCCGACAUAUUUGUUUCUCUAUGCAAUCAGUGCAAUGUUUACAAAUUGCAAACCUUUUAAAUGAAAUAAAGUUGUUUGGUUCAGUAAA